CCGGCUUGUUUGCUGGGCUCCUCCGUCAGGCCUUGGGCUGCUGCCGCUGCUGCUUGUGGACCUUUUUACCUUCUUUCCUCCGUGGUUCGGUCGGGCCUUUCCCAUGGACUGCGCCGGUGGAAGUUGAGCGGGGCCGCCUGUGACGGGGAGCUGCUUCUUCCUCACCGUGCAGCGGCGCAGGUGCGGGUGGAGCGGGGCCGCGCGGGGCGUGGUGGGCUGCGAGGGGAAGCGGACGCGGGAGGGUCAGGCGCUGUCAGCUGUAGGGAGCGCAAUGACUGGCUUCGGGAGGGGCCGCGGAGGGAAAGCGCCGGCCAGCGGCCUCGGGCGAGCAGGGACACCGCCGAGAAGCUCGGGGAAAGUUGGGCGAAACCUUCUAGGAAGCCACUUGGUCAUUCAUGGCUAAGCCACAAAUUUAUUUCAGGCUGCGGAGUUUGUAAAGCUAAGCAGGGUCCGGUAUGGUUUCAGAUUGGAUGGGGAACCGCGUGUUGAGAUUCCUGGGUUGGACUGGAUGACCCUUGGAGUUUUUUCCAACUCUACAAUUCUAUGAUUCCAUAUACUGCUAUCAAGGUGGGGGAAGCUGCGCCUCUUUCAAUCCUAAGAUUUCAUUUACUAUUGCAUGUCGUAUCAGCUUGCAUUUGGGAAGAAUUUAGUCAGAGGUAUUUUUAUUUUUUUUAGCAGAGGUUUUUCUUUCUCUUUGACUAUUGGUGUCCCAGAAUAAUGAUAAAUGUAUCUGAGUAACAGACCAGUUCAUUGAAAAUGUAUGCUUACUGUUUCAGAUUUCCCUGUGAGCCAACCAUAAUCAUGAGCCCUUCGCAAUGGGACUUUCCUGUGGAACUAUGCUGCCGUCCUAUGGCCUUCGUUACACUCACGGGUUUGGAUGUAGUGUAUAAUGCUGUUCAUCGGGCAGUUUGGGACGCCUUUUGUGCAAACAGGAGAGCGGACAGAGUACCAAUUUCUUUCAAAGUACUCCCUGGGGAUCAUGAAUAUCCUAAAUGUAGGACAAAGGUAUUGUUUUUCGUUUUAUGUUUGGAAGUAAAGGAUUAUGUCUUGAUUGUAAAAUAUAUUUAAUAUUAAUUAUUUGCUAUUUGCAGUGCUUCUUGUAAUUCUUUGUAAAAUCAGUUUUCCACUUGAAGGUUAAUUGAAUGCUGGAAUCAGCAUAGCUAAAGGGAUAAUUUCGAAAGGAAGCAUAUAAUUGUAGCUUAAAUCUAAAAACUGAGUUAUUAUAUAGGCUAGAAGCCUUAUUCUGUAUGUAACACAAACCAAACUUGAGACUAUUUUAGGAAUAAAUUGACAGUUCUCACAAUGGAGGGAUUUAGAAAGUGGAGUCACCCAAGAAUCCAUAUUGAGACUUCUGUUUUUAACCCAUCCAUUCAUAGUCUGAGUUAGGGGUGAACAGUGAAACAAACAAAAAAAUUGUGAGGCGCUCCAAAACAUUCUUUCCAGACUGGAUGAAUGGGCAAUAAAAUGGCGAAAGCAAUUCACUGUAAGUGAGUAUAAAGUGAUAUACACUGAGGGAGGGGAAGUCCUGAUUUCUUAUAUAUGCUAGUUGGGUCUGACCUGACUGACCUGGAGCAAAGUCUUGGGGUUUUAGUGGAUAGCUCUAUGAAGAUGUUGUUUCAUUGUGCAGUAGCUGUUAAAACGGGAAUAUCACAUUAGGAAUCAUUAGGAAACAGAUUGGAAAUUAAAAAACCAAUAUUAUAAUACCAUUGUACAAAUCUUUGUUGAGGCCACACUUGGAACGCUAUCCACCGUUCUGGUCCCCUCACCUCAAGAAGGAAAUUGUAGAGUUGCAAAACAAUUUGGAAAAGUGCUACCAAAAUGAUCAAGGGGUUUGAGCAAUUCCCCUGUGAGGAAAAGUUACAACAUUUGUGCCUUUCUAAUUUAGGGGGGAAAUGGGAAUGAUAGAGGUGUAUAAGAUUAUCCAUGGUGCAGAGAAUGUGGAUUGGGAGAAUCUCCCUCCUUUAUGAUACUAGAAUCCAGGACCUUGGAAGAUUCAGAAUGGGCAAAAGAAAGUGCUUCGCUCAAAUGCAUAGGAAUAUGUCACCCCAAGAUGUGAUGGGCACCAACUUUAAAGAGAGAGUAGGCAAAUUCAUGGAGGAUAGGACUAUCAUCAGCUUCUGGCCAUAAUAGCUAUUCUCUGCCACCAAAGUCGGAAUCUUUUAAUAUCAGGUGCUGGGAGGUGCAGGUGGGUAGAACACAGUUGUGUUCAUAUCCUGUUUGCAAGGCUUCCCAUAGGCAUCUGGUUGGCCAUUGUGAGAACAAGAUGCUAGAGUAGAUUGUGAUUCUUGCUUUCUUACAGUGAAGCAUGUUUAUGUAGAAAGUCCUCCUAAGUAUAAUGAAACUUUCCCCUAAGUGUGUUCUGCUCUAGGCAGUAAGGUUGGUGAUUAGCGUAGAGAAGAGAAAGGUAUGAUCCUUUAUUGUACUUCUGGUAGCCGUGAUUGAGAAGGUCAUGGGGUAAAGCAGAAUGUUUAAGUUCUGGCGUAAAUAUAUCAGUCACCCAAAGUUGUGUAAGAACAGAGAGAGCAACUCACCUUGUUUGUCAAUGCUUGCAGAGAACAACGUAUGAAUGGUACAUUCCAAAAGGAAUCUUGAAGACUGGCUGGAUGAACAAGCAUCUGAACUUGGUGCCUGCACUUGUUGUGGUGUUUUAUGAACUGGACUGGGAUGAGCCCCAGUGGAAAGAAAAACAGUCAGAGUGUGCUACUAGAGUUGAAAUUGUCAGGUAUAAUUUCAAAAGAUUUCUUAGGUAUUAGCUUAGUAAUGGCUUAAUGCAAACGUAUUUGGGAAAAGUCAUCAUUCACAAGCUCCUUUCUUCGUCUUUCAAGACAGAUAAGCUGGGUGAAGUCAUUGGGGCUUACUUCUGAGUGUAGAAUUGCACUGUAACUUACAUAUGUAAGGAUGCUUUUACAACAGAAGUGUAACCUUAGCCUGGAUUUAACUUAAUGAGUUCCACUAGUGCAGUGGUUCCCAAACUGUGCUCCGUGGAGCACUUGGUCUCCCUGAAGCAUCUUCAAGUGCUUAGCAAAUAAAUAAAUACACUCCUUUGGCAUAAAGGCAACAGUAGUACUCCAUGACAAAUUUCUCUCCUGAAAAGUGCUCUGCAACUGAAAAAGUUUGGGAACUAAUGGAAGCCAGUGCAAGGACCUCUGCAAGGACAACAGGGUUUUCUCUUUCUCUUCCCCCUGCCUCCCCCCACCCAGUUGGUUACAUGAAAGGGGUCAUCAUUCUGACUGGCAAGCUGAAAUGCUUGUGCUGACAGAAUGAUUGCUGUUGCACUAUGUUGAAUUCAUCCCCAUGUUUGAAAUGCUACUUUUUAAAAAAGCACACAUACCAUCUUAGUUUACUUAGUUUACACCUUUGGGAAAUCUAACAUAAGUGGAAAGAGAGAAAGCCUGCUGCUGAGCUCUAUUGCUUUCUUUAAAACAAAAACAGAAAGCUCCUUUUAGUUAAGAUUGUGCUAAAUGUUUGGUUUGACUUCACCCCCAGAGGCACACUUCGUUGUCUCUUGAGACAUGCAACAUUUAUUACUAAAUGUAUUUUGCAGUAUGUAUGGUCUAAAGGCUUGCAUGCUUACCAUCCUCAGUUUGAUGUUAUUUAUUGUUCUUACAGGCAGAGUUUGCAGGGAAGAAACACAAAAGUUGCUGUGGUUUUGAUUCAGAAGAAAACACCGUUGCCUCCAGGUGAAGUGCAAUUGAAAGCUAAAAUGAUCAGAUUUGAAAUAAAUUAACACAGUAAUCUGAAGUUGUGAAAUACACCUGUUUUUCAAUAGAAGGCAGAAAUGUGUUCCAUAAAGAAAGCGGGGCGGGGGGGGGGGGACUUGGUAUUACUGUAGGUUGAAUGUUUUUCAGUAGCAGUUAUUUUAUUUAUUUAUAAACAUCUUCAUAUACCAUUGUAUCAUAGAAAUAUAUCACAGCGGUUUACAACAAUAUCAAAACACACAAUAAAAUAAAAACAAGUUAAAAGCAAAAGAAUUAAAAGCAUACUGUAUAUCUGUCUUAACCCUUGGCUGGAGACAGAUGACAGAGCUGAGACUGGUUUGAAAGCCUUUUAUGGGGUGUAUAGUCAUAUCCCACUUUUCUCUCUGGUAACUAGGUUUUCUAGGUUCCUUUUUAUUUGUGUUAAAAGCCUUUCACGCUGUCCUUAUGGUGCAGGUUGACGUUCUUUUAGGAAUCUAGUGCACCACGGGUUUUGAUAUAUUGUAAUCAACUGCAACAGCAGUGUUGUUCCUGUAGGUCUCACGGUCUUUGUCUUUUCUUCCAGCUCAGAAAAAAAUUAACUCCACACUUGGUUCAAAGGGGAACCAUUCAUCUUAUAUGUUGUAGUGCACAAUGAACUCACUUGCAUGUCGUGUAAACUAUGGUUAAUAGUGUACCGAGAAUGUGACAAUCUGUCGCCCUUUGACAGAUUUUCAGAAAGUAGAUGGUUCAGCAUUUUAAAAUUUUUAUUUUAGGAGAAGACGUUAUCGCUUCUGAAAGGGCAGCGGCUUUAUGCAAUGCUUGUGACCUCUCUGGAAAGUCGCUGUUUGUUUUGCCACAUACUGAUCACCUUGUAGGUUAUAUUAUAAGGUAAGUAAAUUAUGUGAGAGCAGGCUUUUCUUUAGUUAUUUUUUUACCAUGGCCGAAAUCAUCCUCGUGCUUGCUUGAGAGUCACAUUGCACUCAGUGGAUCUUGCUUCUGAGCAGUGGUGACUGGUACCUAUUGAGGCUGGUGGGGAAGAAGGCAGGGAACCCAACAGUAGAUGGAGCCAGAGGCAAUGAAACACAGAGCAAAUGCAUUUUAGUUUCGUCUGCAUCCUCCCUGCUGAGUUCUGCAAGGGCAACACUGAGACUAAGGAGGAAGAAACUGUCAAGCAAUGCUACCCUGUGGACUGGUUGCAGUUGAAAAGACAGGCAAGUGAGGCUGGCUGAGGGCAGACUGAGUUUGGUGAGGUAGUGCCCAGUUUGCCCUAAUAGAACAGCCUCUGCUGUUUCUGAGCAAUUAUAAGGCUAGUUUUUAGAAAAUAAGCAUUCUUAAAACCUCUCUACAAUUUAACACAUUUUCUUUCAAGUGUGUUAAAUCUCCACCAAGUGUGUUUACAUCGACAUUUUAUGGAACUCUUGAAUACACCCAUUAUCUUUUUUUUUAAAAAAAUAAUUUUUAUUAACCGACCAAUCAAAUCAAAUCACAUCACAUAAAUUCCGAAUUACAAAUCCGAAUUUUAAAUUUUUGUUGAGGGGACCCAUAUUUCAAGAUCCGAAGGGGGAUUCUGAUCAUCUUCUUGCUACUGCGUUAAUGUCCAAAUCAGUCCAAAUAAAGUUCAUAAUUCUAUCCAGUCUUAUCUUGCUGUUUCCACAUCUAAUCUUGUUUGUAUAUUUUUUCUUUUUUUCUUUAUGAUCUCUUCUGAUAAGCUCCUUAAGCAGAUAAACACCAAUUAUAUCCUGUGUGGAUUUUUCCGUUCAUCCAAUCCUCGUAUCAAGAUGGUUUCCAUAUAUCAUCACUUUCAUAAAUAACAUCGCUCUUUCCAUCAUUAAUCUCAGGAUCUGUCGUUCUUAAGUCCCACUGAGGAGUCACUCACAAUAUAAAAACAUCUCUUUUCCUCCUCCCAGACUCAAGUCCUCCGACAGAGCUGGCCAUCAUGGCGACGGUAUUUUUAACUGCGUCAUUCCAAAGCUCUUAAACUUUCCACGCUCUUCUUAAAACAUGCUUUGGUUAGAAAAUUCAUCUCCGCACAGUCGUAAAUCCACAGCUUAAGUCAUUAAAAUGGCAUUUCUGACUUGUGAGGGGGGGGGAUUCUUAUUUAAUCACAUAAAGGAAAGAAAGGAAAGUUUUCCCCCCUCCCCCAUCCAGUCCCUUUGCCAUACCGAGUCUUGGCAUAUCUUCUCAUGAUUGAUUCUUGUUCCUCCGACUCGUCUUGCUUAUCAGAGAACUCUUCAGUUAGCAGUCUUUACUCCCCCUCCUUCCUUGAAAUAUGUGCAUUCGCUUCUUCCUAAUUAUUCCUUUUGAAGUUCUUGCAGCUAGCGGCGCGGAUCAGAGACAGCGUCCAGGAGCACCGAGAUCCACAGAAGGGCAUUCUGCCUAGUGCCCCCAUCCCCACAAAUUCGGGGGUGGUAUAGGGCACAGCAGGCAAAGGCAGCCCCCCCCCCACAAUCCUGGGGGGGUAGGGAGGCUAUUUACUCCCAUCACAGCCUCCUAAUUACCUCCUGUGGGUCGGAGAGAUGUUAUUGUCAGCCAUCUUCCGAUGCGCCCCUAGUGGCCCCUCUGAAUACACCCAUUAUCUACAUGUUACGUAUUUCUGUUGAAACGUAAUGAAUCCACCACCAUUUUAUUUCUGGAAAAGCUGUGUGCUCCUGUUCCAUGCUGCUGAUAUACAUAAGCUUUAAGUUUUAUGGGAGAGAAAUUAGGGUGAACGUGUUUGAAGCAAGGCAGCUAGUUAUUUAUAUAGUGAAGUAUUAAGACUCUUACUUCAUUUUAAAGCAGUUGACCUUUUCUUUCAUAGGUUAGAGAAUGCCUUCUAUGAACACGCACAGACAUACUACUAUACAGAAAUCCGCAGGGUGAAAUCUCAUAAAGAAUACCUGAACAAAACAACACAUCAGGUAUAACUAGCAACUUUAUUAAACUAGUUGGGCUACCGGUGCUGAAGAAUUUAGAAGCACCAUUGCUGCAAAUCCUGUUUUCAUUGGUAGUUUUAAGAUUAUUUUAUUUAUACAUAUUUUAUUUGUAAACUUAUUUAUAAAUAAGUUUAUUUUAGAAUAGACUUAUACUUGCCAAGUCACUGUUGUAUUGCUUUGUGCUAUUAUCAUUCCUGUUAGACAUUUGGACAAUAUUGCCAUUACAGCCUGUCACUUUGGGAACCUGUCACUCUGUAGGCGUGGAAAAGCAGAAGGUGGUGUGUGUGUGUGUGAGAGAGAGAGGGGGGGGGAAUAUUGUUACUUAUUUAUUUCUUACACUUCUACUAAAAGUAUGUAGUGGCAUAUACCAUAAUGUUACAACCAUAUAUUCUAUAAGAAUACAGACCAUUUCUAAAACCACACCAGAUUGCAAAACAAAUCAAAAUGCAACUUUAGCAGUAGCAAGAAUAAAGCAACUUAUAUGUUAAAACCACCAUUAAUAACACUAGGUGUUACUCAUUUAAAAGCAAGCCAAAUCAGUAUCCUUAAUUUAUGAUGGAAUAAAUUGAUAUGGUAUUCUUAGAGUUUGGUAUUAAUCUGCAUUAGUGUUGCCUAAAGCGUCAUGUUGAUGGCUUUAAAACUAAUACCACCUUUUGAAAAUAUUGUACGUUGGUUGUGUUGCAGCUUCUGUUUGUUAGACACCAAUUCAAAAUAGGAUUCUUCAGUGAAUUGAAGCAAGACACACAGAAUGCUCUAAAGUAAGUACUUGUAUGCAGAGGCUGGAAUCAUGGGAUGCUCCGACCUCCCCCAGUCUAGAAAGAGAGGCAUAUCUUCCAUUUGUGGGUGGGAUGAGAGACAAAGGAGUGGAGAGCACCUUUCUACUGCCAUUUGUAAAACGAUUUAUUGCAAUUCUCCAUGAGUAAAUAUGCACUGCAGCAUUUUACAAAGUAUAUUUAAUAUAUUUCCUCUGAAGUAACUUUAUUCAAGAGGAGAGGCAACACUAACCCCUUUAAUUCCAAAAGGACCCUGGGCCUCGAUGUUGUGGUCCAAAGAAAAGAAAAGCAGUACGUUUGAGGCUCACUAAUUUAUUUAUUAUACAACAAGUGAACAACUUCUAACUUUAAAAUUUCUUACUUAGAAAUUACAGAACUGCAUAUAAUCUUGUACAUGAACUGAGAGCUCAUGAAACAAACAUAUUGGAAAUCAAGACUAUGGCAGGAUUUAUAAACUACAAGGUAAUGACUAUUGAUUUAACUUGGCCCUUCUUAGGACAUUUUGUAGCAAAAGUUCCUGUUCUGAGUGAUUUAAGGACAAGGAACACUUCUUAGUUGAAUGUCCUGAAUGGAUGUGAGAAGGCAGUAUAGGCAGAAUGAGUAAGGUAAAGCUAUGUUCCUACAGACCUUAAUGACCUUUCUUCAUGCUCUUUGUAUAAAGUAUAGAGGCAAAGUGUAAUUGGUCCUCAACAUAGUCAUAAAAAGUUAUAUCUAGUAAAUGGACAGAGGACGGGUACGUUGGGUCAUGAAGGACGGCACUGAAAUUGCAGAGGGUACAGUUUGUGCAAUGAUGAAUAAGUAACAAGACCAGAAAUCAUAAUCCUUUCUUAAAAUAUUGCCCAUGGUUUUGUGUUAUCCUGGAGGCUAGAAAAGCUAAAAAUGGUGAAAUCUUGCGUUUAUUUAUUUGAUUUUAUUAUAUUGAAUUCUUCUAUACUGAAUCACAUGAAGUAUAUGGAUUAAAACAUCUUUCUACGUUUAACUUUUAAGUUCCAUCCCCCCAUUCAACUUAUUCUUCUUUCCGAUUCAAGUAAUUGAAAAGUUUUGGUAGAGAGUAUUCAUCCCAAGUUUUCAUGUUAACAUGGGAAAGCACCUGUGAGAACAACAUUCUCCUAUAAAUGCAGAUAGGUUUCUCAUCAAAUUCUUUCUGAGGUGGAGUCUGUUGCCCAUUGCUGUCCUUGGCAUCUUUGCGAUGAUUUGAGGUUACUUCCUGUGAAUAACUGGAAUUUGUGCUUCUAUUACAUUUUGACUUUUCAUUUUUACUGUCUAAGGGAAAAAAUGAAAUGGUCUGAAAGGGCAGAGAGGAACAUAGUUAAUAUAAAACUAAUGUGUGUUGUACUGUUACUGUUCACCUACAACAACUGUAUUCUGUUGUAGUUGUCAAUCUGGUAUACCAUUGAAAAAUAUUUUAAUCAAAGUGUUCUAAUUUCAAAUCUUUUCAGAUUUGUCGCCUUUGUUUUCAACAUAAUACACCGCUGGAUGCAAUUGCACAGUUCAGAAAACACAUAGAUUUGUGCAAGAAAAAAAUAGGGAGUGCUGAAUUGGCUUUUGAGCAUGCUGCCUGGAUGUCAAAACAGUAUGUUUUUACUUAGUAAUUUUACUACUGUGAUUAGUGAAUAGGUGAGCUUAUUCAAGCUGCACAGUGUUGCUUUUGGUUUGCAAGUUAUUACAUAAACCUUAUGACAUUCCACAUCAGUUAUAGCUGUAGCUCCAGGAGAAAGGUUGCAAUUAUACCCAUUAUACAGAUGAAGAACCUGAGGCUUAAAUGACUUGCCUCAAGCUACUGGGAUGUGAACCAAAGUGACUGGUGCAAGCCUCAAAUUCUUUUGCGCUCGUUACCUAGAUUUCAGUGUUUUUCUGUUCCAGACAUGUUUCAGAGAAGAAAUGGGGAACAUGUUCAGGGCUACACUAGAAAUAAAUAUAUAGCGAGCCAGAGAAUGUCCACCAACUUCCAUAUUCUGUUAACAAGUAACCAUCUGCAUGCACCUAUCGUACAUGUAGUAGAUAGUAAGCAUUGCAGAUGUUAAUCACAUGCAUAAUUCCGAUUUUAUUUUUUGGCCCAGUGGGAUCAUUAGAAAGUUUGAAACAAAUAUAGAAAUCAUGAGAGUUGAGACCUGUAGUGAUAUAUUUGGUGGGUUCCUUAAUUUUAAAAUUAUUUUGGUUUGAGGCAAAGUAUGCCCUGGGUUUUCAGACUUUCUAUUUCUCAUGGCUAUAUAGGAAAAUUUUGGAUUCUUUCCUUAAAUUAAGAUUCUUGGGGUCCUGGAAAUAGGUCAGGAUUUUGUGUGGCCCAUGAGUUAGUUGCCUGUUGCUACUCUGCUUAAUCCUUCUGAAAAAUCUGAAGUGUCUGGUUCUGCAGAUGUGUGUGUGAUUUUUUCCCCUUUUUGUUUUAAACAGAUUCCAAGCUUUUGGAGAUUUGUUUGAUGAAGCUAUUAAACUAGGACUGACAGCUAUUCAAACUCAGAAUCCUGGUUUCUAUUACCAGCAGGCAGCAUACUAUGCACAAGAACGGAAGCAAUUGGCCAAUAGUCUCUGUAAUCAUGAGGUAAGUCAUAGGCUGCCUUACAUUUGCUUAUGCUCCUUUGUGAGACCGUAUUCUUACAAGAUUUUCUGCAAGAAGUGGCUAUAGCUUUUAGGGUUUUUUUAAAUACUGACUUCUAGAUAGCUGGGCUGAAUCAUUUGUGUGAAUGGUGUUACCAUGCACUGAUCAGUUACAGUGGUGUUCAAAAAGCUGGUUCCUGUUCAUUCCUAUGUGUGAUUCCAGUGCAGCAAAGAAUCCACAUGGGCUGCUGUAAAACCAUACCUGCGGCACAAAGGUUAUAAAAAUUAACCAAAAGUAAGGCUGAAAACAGAACUUAUUUUGAUUUCUCAGUGAAUUUCAGGUAAAGGUAGCAUGAAUAAUAAGAUUUUUGGUUUAGCAAGUUGGUAUUUUUAAACUAAUGAGUCCACACUCAGAGUCAUAAACUUGUAGAAUUGGGUCACUAGGAUCAUCUAGUCCAACCCCCUGUAAUUCAGUAAUCUUUUGCCCAACGUGGGGCUCAAGAGUCUUAUGCUCUACUGACUGAGGUAUCUUAGAUCCUGUAAUCUCUUCUGUAAGCUUACUUUUAUAAGCCCAUAACUUUUGGUCAAGUGGUUUAUGUUUACUUAUAGACAUAUAUACACACAGAGAUUAAAAAAACUUGGUUUGUGUAUGGCAAAUGCAUGUGUUGUAUAGUCUAAAUAAUGCACACCUUUUAGAAUCCUAGUGUAUGUCGGCACUCUUACUCAGUUAUAGGUUUCUAGGCAACUCUAUUUGGGCACAGACUCUAAUGAUAGGUCAUGCUACAUUAAUAUGGUAAAGGGACCCCUGACCAUUAGGUCCAGUUGUGGCCGACUCUGGGGUUGCGGUGCUCAUCUCGCUUUAUUGGCCGAGGGAGCCGACGUACAGCUUCCGGGUCAUGGGGCCAGCAUGACUAAGCCACUUCUGGCGAACCAGAGCAGUGCACGGAAAUACCAUUUACCUUCCCACCGGAGCAGUACCUAUUUAUCUACUUGCACUUUGGCAUGCUUUCAAACUGCUAGGUUGGCAGGAGCAGGAGCAGCGGGAGCUCACCCCGUCGCGGGGAUUCAAACCACCAACCUUCUGAUUGGCAAGUCCUAGGCUCUGGUUUAACCCACAGCGCCACCCACAUCACUUAUUAAUAUGAUGGAAUGCCCAUAAAAGUGUCCAUUUAAAAUUAUGUGGAAAAAAUAAGAAAAAAGAACUUUAAAUAGCAGUGCUGUAGUCUUCAAACAUAAUUCAGAACUCUGGGGGUGUUCAGGUCUCCCUCUAUUAGUUAGAUCAUGCAAAACAUAAACAUUUUUACUCCUCUAAUAGUUAGCUCUACAGAAGCCAUAAUUAAGUUUGCACACAUGCACAGUCCUGCGCCCAAAUAUAUGUGCAUGAAUUUCAUUGAAUUCAAGAGUCUUAAGCAGGUAUAUGUAGGUUCAGUGUAGUUCCUUUAUGUACCAACAAGCAUUUUUCUGUUUCCAUCCUCUGUGCCAAUACAGGUUUGGAUGUGGUUUUGCUUCUUCUAUAAUCACGUACAUUUUGGAAGCCUUUCCCUUCCCACCCCCAGCAUUCGGUUGUGUAUUUUAUUAUCACACUGUGUCAUAACCUUUAACAAUAUAGUUAAGGCUCUCUUUGCUUAAUUUGCAGUCUUCCGUAAUAUAUCCCAAUCCAGAUCCACUGGAAACUCAAACUGGAAUGCUUGACUUCUACGGACAAAGACCAUGGAGGCAGGGAAUACUAAGUAAAUAUCUUUUUUCAGUUUCUUGCCUACAGAACAUAAACAAAAAGCAAUCUUAGUUAACAAACAUUUAUCCUAAUGUGUGUAUAUUUCAAAUUGUGUUCCUGAGAGCCUUAGAUAUCCUGCCAAGCAUAUUGGGGAAACUUCUAUGACAGGAGUAAGGAACCUGUUACUCCCCAGAUGAUGUUGGUUCAUUCACCAUUCUGGCUGCUACUGCUGGAAAUCAUAGUCCAACCACAUCUGGAGGGCGGCAGGUUUUCUAUCUCUGCACUAUGAGAAGACUGGUAAUGCUAGCUGAGCUCCUCUGACUGACAGCUUCCCUGCUGCUACUGAUCUUAUCCUUCAGUGCCCAGGUGUGUACUUGCAGCUCAUCCAGGGCAGUGAUAAAGCUCAACAGACUUAACCUAUGUCUCAAGUGAAUCAAAUAUAGCCUAAGACAUAUCCUAUAUACUGCAAUACAUGACAGACAUGAUGAAGUUCAUCAAGAGGCAUAUCAGUUCAGGAAUGGUUCCACAGAGUAGUGACGUGUUCCGUGGAAGCUUGUACCGUAAUAAAUUGGUUAAUCUUUAAAGUGGCACAAGACUAGAGGAAACAUAUGGGCUUGUAUAUUUCUGUUCAUGCGGAGAUCUAUUACCUCUGUUGAAAUGAAUGAGGCAGCCUAUGCUUGGAAAAGCAACUUCAGUUUGUUAAAGCCCAUACAGAGAUUUGGAACGGGAUGACAGUGAACUAAGCCUGUGGUUUUAAACAUUCCAUUCAAAGGCUUAGAAUGAGUUUACCAGAUAAAUGCAAACCCUCUCAUUGUGAGAUAUAAGGCUUGUGUCAUUAUUAGUAGCCUCUAUAAUAGCAAAAAUUAAAUAAGUGUUGCUUUUCUGGUAUCAUUCCUUUUAUGGGCUGUUGCCAAGAAACCACAGAUUGUGAGGUUUUGGCUUUGUUGCUAAGAGCAGUAAUUUUCCUAGUAGGCUGACUUAGACCAUAGCACUUAAAGGUGCUUUAGUUUUUAGUAUGUUUAAUUAUUUCAGCCUACCUUUUAAAACAGCCUACUUAAAAGAACAAAGAAUACACCUGAGUUCUAAAACAUUCCUUCUCCUAAGAAACAGAGCAGUGUUUAGAAUCUGAACAUUCUUGAACUGUGGAACUAGGCUCGUAACAAAAGAAUGUACAGUAGUUCAUUAAGAUGGAUUUUUCAUUGUCAUACGCAGGCUUUGAUCUCAAUGAUCCCGAAAAGGAGAAAGUGGGAAUUUUGGCUCUGCAACUGAAAGAGAGAAAGGUUCUCCACUCUGUAAGUCACAUUUCAAUAGUAGUUGUAGGUUGUCAUUGUAAGGGCAAAUAUAACUUUAACAAUACUUUUUAUUAGGAGCUAAUAAUCACCUUGCUGAGUAAUGCAGUUGCCCAAUUCAAGAAGUACAAAUGUCCAAGAAUGAAAAGUCACUUGAGUAAGUAUAAUAUUCCUAACUAAUGUUUAAUAAAACACAUUUUACAGUUUUUAAUACUGUAAAUAAUAUAAUUUUUUUCAGUGGUUCAGAUGGGUGAAGAAUAUUACGAUACUAAAGAUUACACCAAAGCUUUGAAGUAAGUACGAUUUUUAUAAAUGCCACUGCAUGAUUUUAGGUAUUUAUUUUUUAAUUUUUGUUUAGUAAUUUAAGUGAAAAUUGGAAAACUUUUUUCAGCAGUGUUAUAGAAGAGGGUUGUGAACAGGUCAAUUUGAAAGUUAUUGAGCAUGAAUCUAUCAUAAAUUGUAACAGGACAGGUUAUCUUGGCAUAGCUUCAGUGAGCUCAGAUAUUGCAGGUGGUAUGCAACUAGACAGUUCCACUGGAACAAGGACUUUUGGCUGUGCAGCAGAACUUUCUCUUUCCUCUGUGUGCCUCUUAAAUAUAUUUGGGGGGUUUCUCAAAUCAUCUUCUGCAGAUUUAGGGGGCAUGUGAGGAGAGGAGAGGGAGGGAAAGUUCCUUUGCACAGUCCAAAGUCCUUCUGCUAGUAAACUGUUUAGCUGGAUGCUCUGUGGCUAUAAUUCAGUAUGUACAAGUAUAAUAGCUGAUAAAUUCUGGUUUUUUUUUAUAACUGUUUCUAGAGGAAAUAACUUGGAAAUCUGAAGGUAUAGGGGAAAUACUCAGUUUCUAAAAAUGCGUUAACAUAAUGGCAGUACUAACCAAAUUUGCUAUUUUCAUAGUGGUUUUCCCUAGGACACGUGUUUUUAUUGCCUUAACUCAGUAGAGUGCUACUGAGUUGCAAAUAUUUUGUGACUGAUAUUUCAGUAACAAUAUUUGUCAAGUAAAUUAUUGAAUGUCUUUUUGAGUACAGCAUUUAAUCCUUGUUAAAGGUGAAAUCCUAGGGUGGGUAUGCUGUGGAAGGUUUUAGAAUUCAGCAACAGCCCUCUUUUACCAGCAUCUCUUGAGAUACACCAGCAGGAAGUCAGAAAUAUAUCAAUAGAAUGGCCUACUGAUGUAUCAUACCUAACUGCCAGAAAACUCUGUUAGAGCAGGAAGAAAAAUAGAGCAUUGCUAGGGGAGAAAUAGACUGAUGCCAUAGUCUGCACCCUCUCAGAUACUGCUCCUAGACAUUGCACUGCCAUGAUGGGUUUAUUUUCCCUAUGCGGGGCUCACGUGUCUUUGACAUACUCCCCUGUGGUUAGUGUGUGCCGGCAGUUUUUCCAUGAGCACUGGAGGAGUAACCAGUGGGAUUUCUCCAUUCUGUGCUCAGCUUAAUAUUUCAGUUCAGCUAUUAGAACAAACCUCCAAGUUACUUUUGCUGCAUGUAAAAUUAACCUUAUGUACUACUUUAGCUUUGUUUGCUAAGCAGAAGUCAAAGAUGUGAAAUCGGAUCCCAGUUGUCAUAGGGAACUGAAAAUGUUCAGAUUAAUUUCCCCCCUAGAAAACUCACAUCACAAAGCUUAUUUGAUCAGGUGUAUCUUCUGUUUGACUUCUGUGUUAUUUUUAUAUGAACUGUCAGAUUCAUUUGCUUAGUUAAAUUCUCUUUUAACCCUUUUCCAGGCUGCUAGAUUAUGUUUUAUGUGACUAUCGUAGUGAAGGAUGGUGGACUCUUCUUACUUCUAUACUGACCACAGCUCUUAAAUGUUCCUAUCUCAUGGCGCAAAUAAAAGAUUACCUUACAUACUCAUUAGAGCUUCUGGGAAGGGGUAAGGAAGUGCACUUCAUUUCUGUCUUCUUCUUUUUAACUAUUUUGAUUUGAAUGUUUAUUAGUGCAAACAUGGGCAAAUGAAUGACAUUUGUGCUCUGCCUAAAAGGGUUGUUGUAUCUUUAAGAGACCCCUUCUUUGUUGUUUUGCUUCAAAUGUGGUUAGACAAUCUAGGGCCAAGGAGUUCUUUGUUCAAAUCCCAACUACAUUAAGAAAUUCCCUGAGUUACCUUGGAUUGUUCAGUAACUCUCAGCCUAAUAUAUAUAUGUGUGCAUGGAAGGUGGGCACACAUCUUGCUCUGAGAUCUUUGUUGGAUUGGGAUAGAAAUGCAACAAAUAUGCUGAACCUUCUUUGGAGCUGGUUGCAAGAACUGGACCUUGAUUUUGAGUAUGAAGAUAGCUGAGGAAUGUUAAAGCAUUUGCAGGUAUUGCAGGCAGUAACUCUUCAUUAUAAAUUGAAGCUGGGGUAUUAUUAUUAUUAUUAUUAUUAUUAUUAUUUCCUAAUUUGUUUUUGUAUUUUCCAUCAGCGUCUACUUUGAAAGAAGAUCAAAAAUCUCGGAUAGAAAAGAAUCUGAUCAAAGUUCUCAUGGUCAGUAGGUAGAAUCCAACUUCUCUGAGACAAUCUCCAAAAAUGUAAAUGUUUUACAUAUAGAACUGAUAUUCUUGUUUUGGAUUCAGAAUGAGAAUCCAGAUCCAGAACCUGAAUGCGAUACGGCUUCUGUGAAAGCUGCCCAGAAGUUGUGGACUGACCGAGUUUCUCUGGCAGGAAGUAAUAUCUUUACAAUAGAAGUGCAGGACUUUAUUCCAUUUGGUAUGUAUCAAAGCUAUUGAAAAUAAAAAAGUAAUGUUUUGUCCACCUGUUGGAAAAAUGAAAGUGCAUGCUUCAAUUCUGUAAACAUCCAUAUUUCAUUUCUGAAAGUUAUAUUUUUGAUAGUUUACAGAUUUUGCUAGAUUUGGAAGUAGGGACUUGAUACAUUGCAUUGAUAUAUUUAUGCAGAAACCUGCACUAAAAAGUUAAGCAUAUACACUUUAGAUUUCAGGUAAAAAUUUCAACUGCAAAAUGUUUGUGUGGUAUGUCACGUUCAUUCCAGUUGCCACAGGGAACUGUAUCAAAUCAUUUUUUAAAAUCGCACAGAUGCAUAGCACACACAAAAAACUUGCACCUUGUCAGAACUUUUGCAGGCUUCAUCUCAUCAGAAUGAUUACUAUGCCUGUAAAUUUAAUCCAAUGCUGCCAAAAAGAAACUUAAGUUAAAGGCAUUUUCCUAUUGUAGUCAAGGGAGAAUCUAUCCAAUGCUUUGGGAAAUAUGGUGAUGUGAACCUCCACUUUGAAUUCAUGGUGAAACAUGAUGUUGGGCUGAGCUGAGGCAUAUUUUAUUUUUUCUGUGCACACCCUAAUAUAUAAUAGAUAUAUUAUACAUCUUGUUCAUAGCUGUCAACUUACAGAUUUGAAAAUAAGGGACCAGCAGCCUUGAAAAUAAGGGACCAGCAGCCAAAAUAAGGGACCUGCAGCCUCACCUGUUCCAGGCACUCCAGUCUUCCUGUCCCCUGGUCAAACUCAUGCUGGUAGCUUCGAGAACACUGUCCAACCAACUUUGUAACCAGAGGUUCAACUGAAUAGAAUCUGAAUCACAUGCACCACAAGGCCUAUGCAGCCUCAACUUAAGAUGGCUCCCCGGCCUGGCUUUGCACUGCAAAGUUUGCAGCAGCACAUGCAACAAAAUGGCGUCCAGCAUUCAAAACCCCCCUCAGCUUGCAUUAACUAGCCACACACAAGGCAUGCAAGCUCCACCCCCAGUCGUUCUUAGACUUCUUAUUGGGUGAGCAACACAGUCAAGCAACACAGUUGGAGCCUCCCUCCUCCCUGGCCAGCAGGGAGGGAGGGAGAGGAGCUGCUUCCUUUGAAAUUUAAGGGACAUCAUUUAAGGGACAUUUAAGGGACAUCCAUCAGUAAGGGACAGCAGCGGGACAUGGCGCUGGAAUAAGGGACUGUCCCUUCAAAUAAGGGACACUUGACAGCUAUGAUCUUGUUUGUAUUUGAUUGAAGAUAAGCGAACGCAGUAGAAAAUCAGAAUCAGCUCUGCCUACUGCAUAUCUGCUUGGAUUGCAGCUAGAGAAUCUCACUUCAAGUGUUCCAUGUCUUUAGCUAGGGCAAGAAAGAAAAGAAGACCCCGCUUAACUGAACAGCUCAUCUACCAUUGUUCUUCUGUGAAAUAUGACAGUCAUACUUAAUGCUGUGUUUCUUGUCUUUUUUUUUUGCUCCAAACUCUAGUGCAGUGCAAAGCCAAGUUUCUUGCUCCAAGUUUUCACGUUGAUACACCAGUUCAGUUUGACAUAUGCUUGAAAGCUGAUUGUCCACAUCCUAUCCGGUUUUCUAAGCUGUGUGUUAGCUUCAAUAAUCAGGUAAUUUAAAAAACAACAAAACUUGCAUUGCUUUUGAGGAAGGUUAAUACCUUCUUGAUGGGCAGUGGAUAAGAUUUGCCUUCUGCUAACCAUUUUAAUACUACAAAAUAUCAGUACUUCCUUUUCCACUUACUUUUUUUCUUUUUUAGAAUCUGCAUCUUUAUUUCUGUAUAGGUAGUGAUCCCUGUAAGUACGGAACUGAUUUAAUGGUGGUUCCAACAAUAUCAGGAGGGCACCAUGUUGGCUAUCCCAAGUAACCAGUUAAACUACUUUAAGUGCAAUCCUGUUUGUCUGUACUUGGAAGCAAGCCCCAUUGAGUUCACUGGGCUCCGUCUCCCUCUUCUGCCUUCAGGGACAGCUUGCCCCGCUGUCACCCGAGUUUGUGGGGCUGGCGGGCGGAGAAGCAAGCUUGCUUCUUCUCCCCCCCCCCCGCAGCCUCGAAAUCAGGUCGGGGAAUAGCGGGGUGGCGGCGCUCCGCCUCCCCGCUAUCCCCCGAGCUUGUGGGGCUGGCAGGGGGAGAAGCAAGCUUGCUUCUCCCCCCCGCCAGCCUCCAGAUCAGGUCGGGGAAUAACGGGGUGGCGGCGCUGUGCCCCCCCCGCUGUCCCCCGAGCUUUUGGGCUGCAGGCUGCUGCCCGCAAGCCUUGCGAGCCCACGGGACAUCCCGCCGGGCUUGCAAGGCUUGCGGAUAGCUUCCUGAAGCCUGGAGAGCGAGAGGGGUCGGUGUGCACUGACGGCUCUCGCUCUCCAGGCUUCAGCGAAAGCCUGCAUUCGCCCCAUAGGACGCACACACAUUUCCCCUUCAUUUUUGGAGGGGAAAAAGUGCAUCCUAUAGGGCGAAAAAUACGGUACUUGCACUUAGGGGUGCUUUUGAACUGCUAGGUGGGCAGGAGCUGGGACCGAACGACGGGAGCUCACCCCGCCGCGGGGAUGCGAACCUCCGACCAUACGAUCGGCAAGUCCUAGGCGCUGAGGUUUUACCCACAGCGCCACCCGCGUCCCAGUACAGUGGUACCUCGGGUUAAGUACUUAAUUAGUUCCGGAGAUCCGUUCUUAACCCGAAACUUUUCUUAAGCUGAGGUACCACUUUAGCUAAUGGGGCCUCCCACUGCUGCCGUGCUGCCGGAGCACAAUAUUUGUUCUCAUCCUGAAGCAAAGUUCUUAACCCGAGGUACUAUUUCUGGGUUAGCGGAGUCUGUAACCUGAAGCGUAUGUAACCCGAGGUACCACUGUACCUGGGAUUGCUGUAUAAAUUACAAAUCUUUCCUUGAACUUUUCUCAUCUUAAAUAGCUUCAAAAUGCAAUUGAUAGUUGUUUUUCAACAUACAGUCGUACUUUGGUUUUUGAACAGCUUAGUUCUCGAACGUUUUGGCUCCUGAAUGCCGCAAACCGUGAGUGUUCCGGUUUGCGAACUAUUUUUAGAAGCCGAACGUCCGAUGCAGCUUCCACGGCUUCUGAUUGGCUGCAGGAGCUUCCUGCAGCCAAUCAGAAGCUGUGCUUUGGUUUUCAAACAUUUUGGAAGUCAAACAUACUUCCAGAACUGAUUCCGUUCGACUUCCAAGGUAUGACUGUAUACAUCUGUGAGUAUUUUCUGCUGCUGCUUUGAAAUGAAGUGCAUAGUAUGUGUAACUUUUAUUUAGCUCUAAAAGGGUUGGGGGGCAAAACAGUAAUCCCAGCAAAUGAGAUUUGGUACAUUAUUCUGCUCUUGUAGUGGUGCUGGUUUUGAAAAGCUGCCCAAUUUUUAAAAAAAUUUUUUGGCUAUAGGAAUACAACCAAUAUUGUGUGGUGGAAGAAGCCUAUCAAAAAAGUGACAUGGAACCACCCAGCCAGGGGACAUUGUGUCUUAUCCCUGGUAAGACAAAGAAGUUCACUUUCAAAUUUGUGGCAAAAACUGAGGAUGUGGGAAAGAAGAUUGAGGUAAGCCCUUAACUAAUAUUCAAAAUAAUACAUUAAAAAGCUCAGUGACAGGUUGAUUAUAAUUCAGGAAUUUGUUAACACCAGCAGACUAAUCCAAGGGAGUACUGUUUUACUAAACAGGAGACAGAAUUAGAUGCCCAAGGCCUUUGCACUAGUAGAACAUUUUGAGCUGUGCUGCGGCACUGCACCAGAUGGGACUCUGCAGGGCAUUGCAUUAUCCAGAAGGCCAAAAUUGCAGCAUUAGUAGAAAGGGGACAUGGCAGAGUUGAAGUAUUUUCUAGAAAACCUAGGAAUCCUAAGAUCACAAUCCUGUGCACAUAUAGAUUGUAGUGGGACAAGUCCUUUUGAAUUGACUUCUGAACAAAGUUUCCAGUAAAGGUGGCAUAUAUUGAAAAUAGAUCCACACAUAAUAGGAAAAUUCUGAUGCUGCAGAUUUUCAUGUCCAAAGGGGCAGACUGAUUUAUGCACAGACAGUUCAGAAUAUUGAUUUGCCCCAGCAUAAUUUCAUAGAGAAGGAGGUGGCACUGGUAAUGUGAAUUUUAUAUUAGUAUGGUUCUGGGUGAAUAUUGUAUGUGUCAUGGCGUAUGUUACAUGGACUGGAGUGGAAAAGUUCCAAUGGUAUUUGUGUCUCUUCCAGAUCACAUCAGUGGAUUUGAUUCUGGGUGGUGAGAACGGCCGGUGUUUGAUUUUGAACUGGCAUGGAGGAGGGGGAGAUGCCGCUUCUUCUCAAGAAGCAUUGCUUGCAGCUCGUUCCUUCAAAAGGCGACCUAAACUUCCAGAUAAUGAGGUUCAUUGGGAUAGCCUUGCAGUUCAGACGAGCACCAUGUAAGUGGGAAUUGGCAUGUGCAAUGGCAAAUGUUUAAAGGAUACAUAGAAUGGUCUGGUGUCUUGGAGAAUGUGUGUGUGUAUAAACUAGAAAAAUGCAGAGUUUCCCUCUCUUCUUCCCAUUUGUUAAAUGGAAAAGGUGGUAAUGAAAAUAGUACAGUGGUACCUCGGGUUAAGUACUUAAUUUGUUCCGGAGGUCCGUUCUUAACCUGAAACUGUUCUUAACCUGAAGCACCACUUUAGCUAAUGGGGCCUCCUGCUGCCGCCACACCACUGGAGCACAAUUUCUGUUCUCAUCCUGAAGCAAAGUUCUUAACCCGAGGUAAUAGCGGAGUCUGUAACCUGAAGCGUCUGUAACCUGAAGCAUAUGUAACCUGAGGUACCACUGUAUCGAGAAGUGCCUGAGUAUGUCUUAAGCUGGGCAGCUAAUAGUAGUGCAUUUAGCAUUAGUGCACAUUUGUGACAUUGCAGAAGUAUGUGGCGAGAAGAGAGGAUAUGAGGGGAUUUGAAAGGCAUGUGGAACAAAAGUCAACUGUUUGCCUUGCAUAGAAUGCUGCUGCUGUGUUGCAAGCAGAGGCUUGCGCUGCAGCAGCUAGAGGAGUGGAUAAGACCAGGACGUAAGAAUGUUGAGAGGUAGCAGGCAGUUGAUCUUUCUCUUGUUUUUAUUAAAGGGUCAUUUCCAGAGUGCCAAACAUUUCUGUACAGCUAAGUCACGAACCUCCUGCCCUGACAAAUGAAAUGUACUGUUUGGUUGUGACAAUUCAGUCACACGAGAAGACUGUUGCCAAAGAUGUAAAGCUCACAGCAGGCUUAAAACCAGGUAUUUGUUAUGUGCCGUGGUACUUGCUCACAUUUCCUAUAGAGAGUGAUGGACUUAUUAUGGAAAGGAUUAAAUCACUCCCUUCUCCUGUACUAUGACAAAUAAAUAGCUAUAGACAAUUAAAUAACUAUGACAAAUAAAUAGCUAUAGACAAUUUGUAUUGGUGCUGGAAGACAACUAAACACAGGUCUUUUUCAGCAAGCUGACUUCAAAGUGUAACUUAAGAAGCUUUCAGCAAACAAUUGUUAAUCUUAACCACAGUUUAGGAUUCAGAUGUAAUGCUAAAAUAAGAUUAAUCUAAAAUGGAAGCAGAAGUUUCCAUCCUCCUUGUAGUCUUGCUGGGAGGUGGGUUUGCGACAGGAUGUUCAAGCUCAAGGUUCACAAAUCAGCUCCACGACAAUCUUUUAUGUGAACUGGGCCAAUGUGGUUCUGAAGAACUUAACUUUGCAUGAGAUCAGUGCUGCGUAAAGUUCAUAUUGACUGCAAUUUCGUAAUACAGGUAACUUAAAAUCUUUCCUAGUUGUUGCUAUUGUAAACCUAAGAAAUACGACAAUCUACUACCCCCUUAUUUUAGGCCAAGAUGCAAACCUGACUCAAAAAACUCAUGUGACUCUAAAUGGAACAGAAAUGUGUGAUGAUUCCUAUCCUGCUUUACUUACUGAUAUCCCUGUAGGAGACUUGCAGCCAGGUGAAAAGGUAAAUAUGUCAGUAUAACAAGUAUUAUAAGUAUUAAAAAGCAGUGAUGGAAUUAUGUUGCACAUGAGUCCCUCUGAGAUAUAGGCCCCAAUCCAAAGAAGAUUGAUUACAGUUCAAUUCCCUUUUCACUCCAAUAGAAGUUCAGGAUUAUGAUAUUUCUUUGGAUCUGUGCCACGAUACAUAUGGGACAGUAAGGAGGGAAACUCUUUCAGAAUUCAGAAUUUGCUCAAGAAUUAUAUUUGCACACAGUACAAACCACAACCACUUGUUUUUCCAAAGUAAAACACGAAGCAACCUAGGAACACAAAAUGUUUCUCUUGGUUUCAUGUGCACACAUAGUUGAGAUAGUCCUAGAAAUGUUUUUGAAUGUGAUGAUGCUUUAAAAUAAGACUUCUGCAUAUUGUACUUAGAGGUCUUUGGUAUUUGUUUUGUCUACUCACUUUUUCUCUCUCCCUCCCUCUUUCUCCCCCCUGAUUGUUGUAAAGCUGGAGAAGACCUUAUAUAUUCACUGUGGAACAGUUGGUGCUAGGAUGUUUCUUGUAUAUGUUUCCUACCUAGUGAGUGCGACCAUUGAGGGAAAAGAGAUUAUCUGCAAAUGUCACAGGGUAUGUUGGACUGGUUGGCAGUUGGUUUUCUCUUAGAUUCUCCAGGUGUAUCCUUGUACGCAUGACUAGCUAAAGUCUAGGGUUUCCUAAGCAUGCAGACUACAUGCAUGAGUUCUGUUGGAAUCCAUUAUGCAUGGAUGGUUUGACAAAUGUAAUCUUUUUAAUUCUUAUUUUUUUGUUGUUUUUAUUACAGCAUCAAUAAAUUGAAAUGAAGUAGGACAUUAUAAAUGUAUAAACUAUCAGGAAAUGGAAUAUGUUUAUAAUAUAUAAAUAAAAAUAAAUUGAGUAUCUUGUUUAUAAUGUGGUCAAGCAGAAAUGCAUAUUAAGAUAGACGUUUCUUCAUUAUCCACUUUGAUAAGCUUGGCUAUCAGUGAUAAAAGUAGUCAUUCCUCUGACAAGAUGUUCAGAAGAAGAAUGGGUGUACCAUUCUAUAACUGAAAGAAGGCAAAUUUGCACAAGUAUACUUAAGAGGUGUCAGGAAAUAGCUAGGAUGGUGAACACCCAGGUCCUCAACAUGCAACAGUCUCCUUCAACUCAAGAGAAUGUUUAUAUCCAUCUAGCGCUAGUCUGCACACCUUGUAACCAACUAAGCUGAAUGUAGCUGCAUGUGUCCCUCAACUUUUGCAUUCUGGCAGGCAGCGAAACCAGGAAGUGUAUUGAGCCGCUAGUCAGCUGCUGUGCAUGAGUUCAGCUUAGUGAGUGAUGACUUGUGCAAACCUGAGCAUAAUUGGGGAGGGGGGGAACUAAGGUGCCAAAUGACUCUGGUGCUGAAAUAAUAGGACCAGUGGGAUGAAAGACUAUAAUUGGUUUUAAUAAUGUGUGUUUUAAGAACGCAGCUAAUUUGAGACAGUAGUUACUAGUAUUGACCAUGCCUCUUUUUUUGGUAUAAAAAUAAGAUGCUGGUACUCGUUAUCAUGAUAAAUGUGUCGUGGGUGCCAGAACAUGAUGGCUUCCAGGGUUAACGGAAAAAGAGGUGGUGGUGCUGUGUACUGGUCAGUACCAUUUUAUACACACACACACACACACACACACACACACACACACCCUGAGUAUGGAUAAGAUCAAGCUAUAGUUGGAAAUUUUUCCUUCUCUGAUAUAGGAGGAGGUUUUUUAGAGUACCUAUAGAUGGAGGAGUUACUGUUUGCAUGAGUUGCAGAGGAAUGAUAAAGCUUUUGCUACUUUUUGGAUGUUGGCCCAUGAAAAUUGAAACUGGAGAAUGAUUUAGGGUUUCUCUUUUAUGCAGGAUGAAACAGUUACUGUGGAGACGGUAUUUCCAUUUGAGGUAGCUGUUAAGUUUGUCUCAGCUAAGGUACGUUACUAAAACCUGAUUGAAAACAUUGCCUGGACAGACAGUAUGAACAAUAAAAUGACCCACCUUUUGUUUCUCUUCCUGGCAGUUUGAGCAUUUAGAUAAAGUAUUUUUGGACAUCCCAUUUUUGUUGAUGACAGACAUCCUCAGUGCUUCUCCUUGGGCCCUCACUAUUGUAACCAGCCAGCUGCAGCUUUCUCCUUCCAUGAUGCCUGUGGAUCAUCUAGAAUCUUACGUGGAGAAUGGUGAGAACCUUCCUGUGUAUUCUUAAGCACCCUUCUGGGAUGUUGUUUGGGAAGAAACCCAUUGAUUGUUACUGCAUUACGCCAGGCAUACAGUAUGUGUUUUUAUUUUAUUUAAAUAGGAUUAUUUUGACUUAUAUUGCAUAGAAUUAGUAAGCUUUUCUCAAAAUGCAAAACCUGGAGAUUAAUUUGACUCCCUUGCAAAUGUACUCUUUCUGCAUUUCCCCCACCACAAUCAACAUUUUAUCAUAGUUGCUACACAGUGAAAUGUCUGCACUUUUACAAUAAAGUAACUUGGCAGAGAUGGUGAAGGCCCACCAAGUCCUGUUUGACUCUGGAAAUAUUUGAUAACAUAUAAUCCUAUCUUUUGUCAUUAAAUGACUGCUCCUUCUGUCUUUAUGUGAUUUGGUUCCUCUGCUUUUGCUGGGGAACAGGAAAAAGUGAAACAAUGCUCUGUACUGUGCAUAUGCUUGUGUUCUUUAUAGUCUUCUUAGGUUAAUGUUUGCUUCACUUACUUGUAUGUAAAUAAUGUAGAGUAUGUUCAUAUAAAACAUUCAUAAUGAUUUCUGUAUCUGAGAAACUUUAGACUGAACCUGACUUUUCUGAUAGUUGUUUUACAGACAGGUGAAAGUGCUAGUGAAUGUUUUUGCCUUCGUUGUCCAUCACUUCCUACUGGUCAAAGUGGAGUGGCUACUGGAAGUUAUGUAAUUUCCUGGAAAAGGUAAAUAUUCCCAUCUGCCUCUUCAAAUAUCCCAUAGGUUAGUCUUGUAUAUUUCUUCCUUAUUGAUUAAUAUCAAUAAGCAUUAUCACAGUUCAAGCCUUCUGGCAUACAAUUUGGGCAUAACCGAGAGAAGCCUUGGCUAUCUAAUAUUGUAUCUUUUAGCCAGAUCCAACAGUAGUCCUUUAUAAUAGCGGGGGUGAAAUAGACUGUAGAAAAACAUUCACACGGACACCCCAGGCAGAGGGCUGCUGAAGAAACCCAUUCACACAAAUUUUGAACACAUGAAUCUAGACAGUUCAGAUAAGGCAGAUCAGCAUUUCUCUGACUAUUCAAGGCACACGCCCAGCUGAGGAGCUUGUUUUUUCAUUAUCAGCUCCUUAGUGAAACAAACAAAGCAUUCAGGGAACCAGUUCUUUAGCAGAAUGCGGUAGGAACAACUUUCAUAAUAUAUUGCUGAAAAGAAGAGCUUGGAGUGAAUGUUGCCCAAGGCAGAAUUUUGUCUGGAGUCUUAAGUUUACAUUGUGGACUCUACUUUGUAAUUUACCUGGGAUGGGGGCUUGGAAAACUCUUCAUCAGGUUUUGCCGGGCUUCUGAGGACCCACCUGGUGCCUUGAGGCCUCUGCAAAGGCUUUGGCCUGCCUGUCAUGAAUGGGGCUCUUCUCAUUGCCCAACCUGUGUAGUCCUGUGUGUGAGUAACUAACAGCAUGCAGACCAAAGCCUGCAUAUAAGCCUCAUAUGCUUAUGUGCUGAAUCUGUGCCCAUAACGCCAGGUGGCCAUGAAUGCUUCUGCUAGUGUGGUGAAGAGCCCACGGUGCAAACCUCCAGACCCAACACUUUAGAGGCUUCAUGUAGCAGAGGUGGGGUUAUGGAUUCUAGCUAGGCUGUAGUUUUAGGCAGAAUCCAAAUACUGGUUCUCAAAUGGCUUAGUUGUCGAACAAAUCGGCUCCCGAAUGCCGCAAACCUGGAAGUAAGUGUUGCGGUUUGCAAACGUUUUUGGGAAGCCGAAUGUCCGAUGCGGCUACCACUUGAGUGCAGGAAGCUCCUGCAGCCAAUUGGAAGCCGCACCUUGGUUUUUGAAGGGUUUCGGGAGUCAGACCAGAUUAAGUUUGAGAACCAAGGUACCACUGUAGUAUUUUAUCAAAUUCAGGAACAUAGAUCUUUCUGCAAAAUUUAUUUAAUGCAUUUUACUCAUCCCUAAAAUUUAUGGUCAUUGUAUAUUCUAAGUUUGUAUUGCAACAACCUAAAAAAACCUAAAACAAGCAAAAAAAAAAUCUGCAUUGAGUAGAAAGAGCUGUUGGCAAAAUGAAAAGCUGAAAAACAAGGUCCCUAUGCUUUUCUGUUCCUCUAACCAUCUGCCCUUACUCUAUUUUGGUGUUCUUGUUUUAUAACCUUUAUCAUUCUUCACAAUACUUAUCUUGACUUAUUAUGCAAAGCACUGAAUUGUGCAAAUCAGUUUUUGUCACCUAGAUCCUGUAUCCCUUUUUGUCCCAUGCCUCUAAUAAUUUGAUUUUCUUGUAACUCUUUCCUCUUAUCUUUUAAACUGAAAAUUAAGAAGUCAUUUACUGCUGAUUUUUUUGUAGUGUUAAAAUAUUUAUCUCCGUUUUCUUUUAAAGGCGCACAGCUGAGAAGAGCAUACCUGUUGUUAAUACUGUGAUCACACUCCCCCACGUUAUUGCAGAAAGUAUCCCACUCCAUGUUAACGCAGGUAAUGUAAAUUUAUGCAUAAAGUCAUACUCGACCUCAGAUGCUCUCAAACUCUUACCGCAGCACAAAAUUAGAUUCUGGUAUGUUGCAAAAGUGUUGCUUACUAACACAGUUUGUGGACAAAGUCAUUUCCCCAUUAAAUGUUAAGGACUGGGUUGGGUCCACUUUGUCAUACUUGGAUUAGAUCCACUAAAAUCAAUGCAAUUUAAGUUAGUCAUAAGUCCUAUUGAUUUCAGUAGGUCUGCUCUAAGUAUGACCAAGUUUAGAUCCAACCCUUUGUGCUGCCACAACUCGCUCCGGUUUCUAAAAUAUAAGAGGCAAAAAAAGAUCAGAGUUCACACAAUUGAUAGAUGCAAAUUCUGUUUGUCACCUGUUUCCAUCUUAAUAAAACUUCCAUGAGAAGACACACCAUUUCUUGAACAUCACUUCUUUCCCCAGAAACAUACAAAAUGAUGAAAGAACUUAGCAAACAAACUUUUAUUUAUUACAUUUUAUAUCCUGCCUUUGAAAUGGCAAAGAGAGGUUGCUUGAAUUAGGGUGAGAUGCGCCAUAUCACCAGCAGCUUCAUGGCCUAGCAAAGAUUUGAACCCAGGAUGUUCAGCCUAUCACACUCAUUGGACAGGUUUGGGAGUCGGUCUGCCAUGCCACUGGCUUCCAUUCGUUUGUUACAGAUGUGAAUUUUCAUAAAAGCAAAAGACUGAAAUAGGCUAUUCUAGUUCCAUUUUUUAAAAAUCCAGACUAUAAUGCACAACCUUCCCUUUUCACUUACUGCUGACAGAUGGAAUUUGCCUUGCAGCACUUCAGCAACUUAACAGUGUCUAAAAAGAGACUGGUAUUUUCGUCAGUCCUACGUGAAGCUACAAUGUUUUCAUGGUUACUCCUGUGUUUGUUAACUUUUCAUUACAUUUUUAAUCUUCUUGGUUUCUGAGGUGUAUAAUCCUAAAUAGUGUUAAUAUAUACUUGCAAAGUUGAGAAAGAAACAAUAAAUGCUAUUUUUGCUGAAAUACAUGUAACUUCUGUUACACUUCCUUUCCAAAGAUUUGCCCUCAUUUGGUCGUGUCAGAGAAUCCUUACCUGUAAAAUAUCACCUGCAAAAUAAGACCAAUAUUGUUCAAGAUGUGGAAGUUUUAGUGGAACCCAGUGAAGCCUUCAUGUUUUCUGGCCUUAAGCAGGUAUGGCUUAGACUCCAAACUUAAAAGAAAUAUUUUGUUACAGCCUCUUGCACACCUUCAAGCUAUUAUCUGAGUCACACAUAGGAUAAAUUGAUUGUCCUAAACAUGUCCAAUAGUGUUCUGAAUAUUGUGUCCGUUUGCAAAACUUAGAGGUGGAGAAACGGGGGAAUAAAAACCACAAGAUAUCCUUGUGUGAGCCAGUGUGGUGUAGUGGUUAAGAGCGGUAGACUCUUAAUCUGGUGAACCGGGUUCGCGUCUCCGCUCCUCCACAUGCAGCUGCUGGGUGACCUUGGGCCAGUCACACUUCUCUGAAGUCUCUCAGCCCCACUCACCUCACAGAGUGUUUGUUGUGGGGGAGGAAAGGGAAAGGAGAUUGUUAGCCACUUUGAGACUCCUUAAAGGGAGUGAAAGGCAGGAUAUCAAAUCCAAACUCUUCUUCUUCUCUUCUUGUUUGAGGGAAGAAUAACUUUUUACAUAAAUCUGAAAUAGUAAGUUUGUAUAUAUAGAUAUCUAGGUACCUGGGGGAACUUUGCAUUUAGCUAUAAUUGAGAGAGAAACUAGAGUAGAGAGAGGGUAGGGAAAGAAAAGAAUGAUGGUGGUAAGAGAUAAAUUGUAUGGUUUACUACCUUAAACUGUAUGCUCCCAUUCAUUACAUGGGCUUGCCAAUCGGAAGGUCAGUGGUUCGAAUCUGUGUAACAGGGUGAGCUCCUGUUGCUCUGUCCCAGUUUCUGUCAACCUGGCAGUUUGAAAGCAUCCCAGUGCAAGUAGAUAAUAGGUACUUUUGCGGCAGGAAGGUACAGUGUUUUGUGUGCUCUGGCAAUCGUCACGGUGUUCCAUUGCGCCAGAAGCGGUUUAGUCAUGCUGGCCACAUGACCUGGAAAGCUGACUGUGGACAAACACUGGCUCCCUUCGCCUAAAGCGACAUGAACGCCACACCCCAUAGUCACCUUUGACUGGACUUAACCAUCCAGGGGUCCUUUACCUUUUCCAUGGGGAACUCUGAUACGGUUGUGACUUCAGCAGCUGCCAUUUAAGAAACAGACAACUUGUAACAUUCACAAGAUAUACUUGAGCCUUUGCAAGUGCUGGUCAGAAGGGUUGAAAUUACAAGGUUAAAGUUGAAAGAGCGAGGAGGUUGAGAAAUUGAGUGGGAAUAAAAAUAACAUACUAAUGAUUAACUGUUUCAGACAAACGUUUAAAUAAAAUAGAAAGCCUAGAUUGAGAUUGUAAUCCAAAAAAAGGACUGAUUAUGGACUUUGAACUGUAUUUUUAGAUAAGAUUGCGAAUCCUUCCUGGUACCGAACAGGAAAUGUUAUACAACUUCUAUCCUCUCAUGGCUGGAUAUCAACAGCUGCCAUCACUUAAUAUCAACCUGCUACGGUUUCCAAAUUUCACCAACCAGCUGCUUAGAAGAUUUAUACCAACACACAUAUUUGUAAAGGUAAGAUAUAAUGAUGACACCUGUGCUGCUUAGAGCUCUUUCAGUACAUGUGUCAUGCUUAAAGACAGUUGAAUAUUAGGCCAGACUUUUCAAGUUGGCAUAGCAUCUACCCAGAAAUUGCAAAAUGUAAGAAGCAAAUCUAUAAUUUGGAGUAUAGUCAAUUAGAAGGCUCUUGUUGACUGCAUUUUGCAAUAAUUUAAUUGGGAUUCUGAGGAAAUAUUUCCUGUUAAGACUCGCUUACAUCAUUUUAUGAGAGAACCAGAGUAUCUAUUUAGUCUCUAAAAUGUGCUAAAGCUUCUGCCUGUAUUCUGUGAUCCAAAUUAAAAUUAGGCAAACAAUAGCUGCCAUUUCGUAUUAUAUAUCAGUACUUUGUAAGAUGCUUAGUUGAAAUAGUUUCAAGAUAGAGUAAAUAUCUCUUUGGGUUAUGAAUUACAAUGAUGCUAAAUCAAACUUGGAAAUAACUGGAAUUGAAAAGAGUCUAAUAUGAAGACAAAGCACCAAUGGCUUCUUUGGCAUUUGUUAAAAGUAUUCAUAUGUUAGUGGAAUUAUUAGGUACAGUCAUACCUCGGGUUGAGCGCGUUCGAGUUGUGCUCCACGGCAACCCGGAAGUAACGGAGCACAUUACUUCUGGGUUUCGCCACUUGCGCAUGUGCAGACUCUCAAAAUGACGUCACGCACAUGCGCAGAAGCCUCGAAAAGCGACACGCACGUGCGCAGACAUGCCAGCGCUAGUUACAUUUGCUUCUAGAUGCGAACGGGGCUCCAGAACAGAUCCUGUUUGUAUCUAGAGGUACCAUUGUACUAUGAAGUUGAUUAAUGAGUCUUUUCUCCCAAGCCCUUUUUUUCAUAGGAAGAAUUGAUCUACGUUAAUAUUCAUACUCAUUAUGUUACUGUAACGCUGGUGGCUAGGAAGAGACAUGUCCAGGCAGUGUUAGUGAAAUUGUUGAAAAAAUGUGAUGUGCCUUUUGUGAACUGCAUUGUUAAAAAAAAAACCUAAUCCCCUCCCCUGUCAUAGCUCUUCAUUCUACUUGAUUUGCAUUACAGCCAAAAAGGAUGGGUGUUUCCCAUACAUUCUGACAAUCAAUAUACUAUUGAGAUGAACCACCUACACAUUUUGCCAGCUAGAGACAUAAGCCUGCUGCCUCUGGGAAAGAAGCUCUAAGCAUGUGUAGCAUCUUGAGCUGUACUUUCUUCUUUCCCACAUGGCAAUAUUAGUUUCUCUUCCUAAAAGAUGGUGGGGGGCUUCCUUAAGGGAUACAUUUCAUCCCAUUUCUGCUCUAAAGGAAAAAAGGUGAAUAAAUUGAGUCCCGGAUUGUGUUAGACUUAAUAAUCCCUCAGCACUGAAAUAAUGUUAAAGAUACUUGCCAUUAUAAGUAUUGUAGUUACUUAGAUGUAAUAAAAUUGUGGUCUUAAAUGCUAAAGAAUUGUCAUUUUGCAAGUUAUACUUUUGUGCAUUGUAUCUAUAGAGACUAUUGGAGCCAGUGACAUCAUUUAGAAUUCAUUCUAAGCUAUUGCUACUAAUGUUUUUGAAAACUAGGUGGAAUUUUACAAAUCUGAAAGAAUGAUAGGAGUCAUCUUGCUCAUGCUGUAAAGUUUCUAAUUAAGUGGCAUGCAUUUAUCUUCUUUAAGAGUAAAAAAAAUGCAGUAUUGUUAGUCCCACAGAAUGAGAGACAUUAGAUAAACAUUUUUUAUUAGUGGAGCAGCUUGCUGAUGGAAAUCCGAAAAAAGAGAAGGAUGCUCAAAGUGCAGUUGGCAUCUAAUUAUUGCCUUCUUCUGCCUGUGUCUCUGCUGUAACUAACAGAUAUCCAAACUCCUUUUUGUUUGGAUUAGAAGUGAUCCGACACACAAGAAAAUAUGAAAAAUAACUCUUACAUUAUUUCCACCAGUGAAUGAAUGUAAUGCUCUUCACCAUUAUAGCCUGAACUUCAUUGCUUCCUUGUAGCCAACGCCUAACAGUGUUUGUUUUAACAAUCCUUCAGUGCUCACUAAUCUCAAUGGGACGUGCCUCCAAUUAAAUAUUUUUAAGAGUGGAACCCUAGGCAACUUUCUCUACAAUAAAUAUGCAGAGUUUCUAAGCAGCAGUUGCACAUGAAGAGGGCUGGGGGUACUGGGUUUGUUAGGAUGAGGAUGGGGCAAGGAGGCGGUGAGGUCAGCGAAGCUCUGGUUUGGUGGUGAAGAAUGCCACCACUGCAGGUCCAGAGCUCCUGAACCUCGCCACUGGCUUGUUCCAACCCCACCCCAAUGAAUCCCAACGUAGCUGCUAGGAGGAGGAUGCCACUCUAGCUGCAGCUGCUUCUAAGUAAUAUUAGUCUGUGCCAUGAAUUGCAGUACAAUGGAUUUACAGUUUGGGGCUGAGUAAUUCUAAAAGGCAAGAAACUAAUAUUGGUAUGUAGAUUUGUACUGUACUGCUGUAUACUUGUAGAUUAAACUUAAAUAUUAAAUCUGUUCUCUCUUCCUUCUAAAGCCACAGGGCCGUCAACCAGAUGAUGCUUCUAUUGCUGCUGCGUAACUGUGGAUUCAUGCACUUAAGGGGGAGAGUUUUGCACAUACUUUAUAGAACUCUGCUUUUUCCAAACUAAUUUUGCUCAGUCUACAAAUGAAAAACGUAGGAGCCAAAACAACUGCUUAAAGUCUUAAUUAAGUCUCUUUAUGGACUUGAUUCGAACAAAUAAUAUAUGGGGGAAAGUCAGUGUUCUAAUUUUGCGUGUGCGGGUUUUUCUAAGUGUGCGGGUUUUUUCUUGGACUUCACUGAAACGGAAGUGCUAUUUAUUAUGUAUAUGGAAUAUUUUGGCAAUAUGAAUGACGUUAACUUGGCUAAAAAGAAGAAGAAAAUUUAUUCUGCCUUCAGUAGCCAGUCUUUGAGGUGCAACGCCUGUGGUGUUUGCUAUAAUAACUGAUUCCACCACUGGCCCUCGAUUUCUAUAGCAUUUAAGUCUCACUUGCUUUUAGAACCUCCUUUUUGUGCCCUUCUAUGUUUCGAGUAAAGAACAGGAUUCACUUCAUAUGCUUAUUGUCUUAUUAGGCACUAGCUACUUGACGCAUGAUUGAUAAUUUGAAGUAUUCCAUGAAUAAGUGUCAUUUUGUGCUUGCAUCUGGUGAUAAUUGAGAGUUGCUGGCUAUUAGUAGUGCUGUGCAAACCGCUGCGAAGCUGUUUUGGGGGCCUUUUCUCAUGAAGAGGCAAUGAUACCAGUAUUGAGAAGCUGAUAGUUCCUAAUGGCAACUUUGCCACUGAACAACCCUUGGCUUUUUCAAGCAGCCUUUCAGCAUCCUUUGACAGUCAUUUACCAUGGGAGAAGAGAAACCCUAAAUACCACAAUACUACAAAAUGAUAUGGCUGGAUUUUGUUAUCAAGGAGCCAAAUGCAUCUUAAAUGCUUGGCCACCCUUGCAAAACUAUCCUAUUGCUAUGGUAGGCCUUUUGGGAGAAGCUGAAACAUUUGGCUAAUGUGUGAAGCCAUAUGCUUAAUUUUAGCAGUUCAGAGCCAGGUCUGCUACCAUGGACUAGCUUAAAAAUGAUUUCUACUGUAAACUCUAGUUGCUCACUGGAAGCCAUUUUGUAGAAAAAGGCCAUUACACUGCAGCAAUAUCAUCCAGUCUUCAGACUUUUAUCCACUCAGUCUCUAUCAGGGUUAACUCUCCAUGCAGAAUGUCAAUUAGUUAACAGAAAUUCAUCCUAUCAAUGUUCAUGUGAGCCGGUCACAGUAAAUCAUGUAAAUAAAAGUGUUUCGUGAUUUUUUUCAUUGUUCAAUAAAUUAAUUUAAGCUUUGGCUUUUGGAUCUCAUAGUGUGUCUCCUUUUGGAUCUAAAGGAAGAUCAGAGCCCAGGGUACAAUGUGAGCUAACAAUGUGAGCUGGGAAAUUUCCUCAUUCCAAUAUCUCCUCAGCCAUGAACUUGCUAGGCUGCCUUAAGCAAGCUGCUUUUUUCUCAGCUUUAGUCCCUUCAUCUGCAAUAUGAGGAUAACAACUGGCUUAAUUUCCAGGUCUGUUGACAAUUGCUGGCAUAACAUAGGCAAUGCACUUCAGAAUGCUUGAAGUGCAAUCCAAGCACCAAGUAUUGCUAUCCUGAAUUUUUACAGCAAUUUGUGAGACGAUUAGUGUCUUUAUGGUAUGAUAUAGGUUUAGGAGAUAAUAUUUUUAAAUGGCAUAAAUGUCAUCUGAAGCAGGUUUACACCUGUAAUCUGAAGGAGGUUUGCAAACUAGCAUUUGACAUUAUUAUAGCUGGCUUUGUACUAAUAAAAGGGUCACCCAUGUGGUAGUAUUGAUGAGCAACCCAAUGUCAAAAAGUAUACUUCCUCACUUUCAAACACCUAGUGGAAGUGGGUAUGUCUUGAUCCUCCUUCUAAAGGAAUCUAACACCAUGGCAAGAUCUGCCUCAGUGCUACUAUUGUGGCCAGCUGACUGGGUAAGCAGCUAUCUGGAAAUGAACCAAAUGUCUUUUU